AUGCAUGCACUUCUCGCCUGUGCUGCAGCAGAGAUACCGGUCAACAACCCGCAGUACCGACGGAUGGCAGAGAUGCAUUACAUCAAAGCUGUUUCUGGCUUGCGACAGAGCUUGAUAGAAACUAGUGACUCGAGUGAAUGGACAGUCGUCUUGUGGACGGUGCUGAUGUUAUGCAUUUAUGAGCGAUCCAAACCUCAUCACUCGCAAGGCGUCGAUGUACAUCUCGCCGGGGCAGCUCAGUUGAUUCAGGUGUCCUUCCAGAAGAAAACGCCCGAUGCAAGCAUUAUUGCGACGGGUGCCUGGACGCGCUUGUUUCUCGAAUCAUUUAUGUUUCACGUCGCGACCAGUAUACCCUUUCAGCUCACAUCUACCCAAUCAACUACUAUCGACUCCGCCUUUUCCCUUGCGGAAAACAUACUGGAGGUCCUCUGUCGACCGCAAAUCUCCGUGGAUGCUACCUCGCCAGUCCUCGGAGUCCCUCCAAAACUGUUCCACUACAUCUACACGAUCGCGCGGAUGUACCAACAGUACCCCUGUGGCGUUGAUAUCUCCUACUGCAACGAGUUGGAGCAGGAUCUGAGACGAUGGGAUACCCUAAUGACAGGCACAGCAACUCCUGAGGUCCUUACAGGACCUAGACUGUAUGUCUUGUGUUCGCGAAUCCUUCUCAAUCGGCUCAUGCAUCCCGGCAGUCAAACAGACAAUUUUACCAGUGAGCUCAUUUCGCACGCCAUCCUCCUUGUGACCCAACUGCAGCCAGCACAAGAUUACUUUGCCGAGUACUAUAGUUGGCCAUUCCUGGUGCUUGGGACCUGUGCAGAGAAACACUCAGACCGGCAGAUAUUGCUGUCACAAAUACAAGGAUUCUGGCAGGCGACGAAUAAUGGCACCAUGAAACGGCUAGAGAGCAUGCUGACGGCUUACUGGACUAAUGGCAAAUCAACCGCGCAGAAUAACUUGUGGUUGAUAUGA